UUUGUAUUUUUAGAUUUACCCUUUUCAUCGGCAUCUUCAACAUAUCAUUUACAUAAAAAUUGUACAAAAUCAGAGACAAUACGAAUAGAAUCGGGUUGCGAAAUUACCAAUAAACGCUGCCAGUGUUGGCCCACACUUAAAGUGUGUCGCAAUCAGUUGGAUACGGGUGUGGGGACGACGGAUAUACGAUGGCAUUUUAAAACAUUAGAGGACUGCCAAUUAAAUUUACAAAAUUUAAUAAAACUUGAAAUGGAAUUUGAUGAGGACUAUACAAUCUCACCGAGUACAUUUACGUAUAAGAAAUUGAGAAGAAGGAGGAAACGAUCAUUACGUAGAAAGACGUAAGUUAGAAAGAAAAUUUAAAAAAAUAUAUAUAAAAUUUAAAAAAAUAAAAAGAAAGAUUUAAGUAAUAAAUUAAAUUAAAAGAAAAAAAAAUAUUUCAAUUAAAGAAGUUUUUAAUACUUCUUAUACUCGAACAGAAGAAGAACAUAACUAAAAGAGAACUUGAAUCGAAUUAGAAUAGAACUAGAACAAAACAAAAACAAAACUAGAACAGAACUAGAACAGAACUAGAACU